UCCAUAUUACACUCGUGUAUAUACACAGUUUACUAUCCACAGAAGUUCAUCUAUCUCUCCAAAACAAUUGACAGGAUGGUCUCACUUCAAACAGUUCAGCGAUCAAAUGCGCGCAUCGCAAAUCUUCCACAUGGGUUGGUUGCGCUAUUUAUUGGCGCUACCUCAGGUAUCGGCCAAGCUGCCCUCCAAAACUUUGCCCAGCAUACUUCAUCGGCACGGAUUUACAGUGUCGCUCGGACGUCCGCGGUCCAGUCCCAUGAGACCCUGCUAGGCGCAUUACGCCAAUCCAAUCCAAGGAAUAUCUACAAUCUUGUAACGGCUGAUGUAUCGUUGAUUUCCGAGAUUGACAGAAUUUACGAGUCUAUUGCACAGAAUGAAGUUAAACUUGAUAUACUUUUCAUGUCUGCCGGUUUCAUGGCCUUUGAAGGUCGCAAAGAUACGCGCGAAGGCCUUGACCCGUCCAUGACAACACGUUAUUAUUCACGCUUGCGCGCUAUUCAGAGCCUUCUUCCUUUACUCAAUAGCGCUGAUUCACUUAGCCCACGUGUUAUAUCGGUCCUGGCUGGUGGGAAAGAGGAGCCACUCAAUGAGGAGGACCUAGACUUGCGCGAUCCACACAACUGGUCCUACUGGAAUUCCUCUGUUCACUCCUGUACUAUGGGCACUUUGACAUUUGAGAGAGUUGCUCGGCAAAACCCCCGCCUGAGUAUAGUGCAUUGGUAUCCUGGGCCAGUGGAAACUCCCGGAAUGAUCAGAUCCAUAUCACUAGGCAUGUCUCCGCCAUCGUACCGCAUGGGCCAGGAAGAAGCCGGCGCGCGUGCAAUCUUCCUAGCUACCAACGAUCGAUAUGCUGUCGACGGAGGAGGGUUUGUAUCAGUGCCCACCGAACUUGGCUCUGCGAGUAAGUCGGGAGGUGGGAUAUUUCUGGUUGAUCCAUGGGGAGAGAGCGUCAAUAACGAGCGUGUUUUAGCUGAGCUGAGGAAAAGAGGCAUUGAUGAAAAAGUGUGGAGUUUCACGCAAAAGUUAUUUGCGUCCAAAACAGCUUGAGUUGCUACUCGUUAUAUGUAGUGUUCAGUUACUUUCUCUCUCUUUCUUUUGUGUCAAAUAAAUCAGUUGAUGUAGUGACGAUUACAUGCAACCAAAGCAAUGGACAGAU